AUGGUCUUCGCUAAGAAUCUUAGUUUCGGCUCGAGCUAUCCAAAGACAGAAUUGCACGCAUUGUCAGCAUUGAACAGCUAUCACACGGGGUACGUUUUAUCGAAUAGUGAUUCACAAAACGGCGCUGAUGGUACACUGCACACACAAACUCAUUUAAAGGAUUUUAACUGUGAUGAUAUGCGUUUCAAUGUAGUGGAUUCGGAGGGUAAUAAUUUGUACACAGCGAGCUCGGUCGAAGAUGCACACUUCAAUAUUAGAAGGUCACAAACAGCAGACCUUAAGGACUCUCUCGAAACUAUUCUGCAGUCUGGUCAUGCUGGUCAACUAGCGCUAUGGACAGUAUUAAAUGGUAUUAAAGCUCUCAACACUGAAAGUGCUUUGGGCAUACCGAUAGUGUUUGCGACAAAAAAAGGAGAUGAAAAUUUGGUGAGAGCAUUAGUAGUGCACGGUGCUAAUAUAAACGGCAGCGGUGCCGACGACAUCACAGCAUUGCACUGGGCAAUUGCCGCUGACAAUAUUAGCAUGGUGACACUAUUAUGUUCUUUAGGCGCCAAUCGAUAUUCGUGUUUGUCUGAAGCUAUCUUGAAAGGAAAUAGCGAAAUAAUAGAUAUCAUGACCAGUGAUCAGUGGAAUACACCGGUAGGAAACUUGUACUUGAAUUCGAACAUACAUAGCGGUGAAUCUGGCGUGGGUGGAUCUGUGUCCAACAAAGAGAUGAACCUUCAUUUACGUAGAAAUAGCGCAUCUGCACUUGAUGGUACUGCAACAGAUUUUGGGCAACCAACGCAACAAACGACGAUUAAUCAUAGCAUUGCACAGAGCCUCGAAUUCAGAAGGGAAACAAAACACGGUGCAGGCCUGAAGAGAUGUUCUACGCAGGAUAUCAGAAGCCCAAUGCUAAACGAUGCUACUUCUGUAGAUCAGCACAGGCCUGCCAUGGACGUACAAACCAGAAGUGCAAGAACACACGCGUUCCAAAUUGACAGCAUUCAGUCCCCAGCCAACAACAACUCAAUCUUCGGCCGGGGCCCGAUUGAGGAGGAGGCAAGCACACUUUCUGGUCUAUAUUCUAUGCCCACGCAUGGAGAUAUACUGAACCAGUUCCCGAAUAUGCAUAUCAAGGAAGAAGUUCCCACUUUCGAUCGGGAUCAACAGACCGAGGCACUGAUGCAUCCUCGCUAUGAGAGCGUGUCACCCCCUGGUGGGGAAAGUAUAGGGCACAAGGGUUGGGAUAUGAGAUGUGAAAGUAGGAUACAAUCAUUGGAUACGAAUAACAUUAAGCAGCAUUCUGGUGGAGUAUGUGGUCCUGGUACAAGUGCAGUGAGUACAGGUGGGGAGCAAAAUCACCUGGUUCAGCGCCGGCGUUCAGCGUCACUUCACAAAACCCAGAUCAAGAAUCGAAAUCGUAGAAGUAUGCCUGCUAUAGAUUUCAGUCAAAGUCGUGGCCCAUAUGACAGCCUUUCCACACCCAGCAGUCCAUUGAUACUGGAGCGGAGGAAUUUAACGCGAACACUACAGAAUCUCAUCAAAAGCCUUUCAAAUGGCCUGCACAAUGCACAACACGACUUCGCACGACAGAGAGCGAACGAAGGCGCAUCUACGAGAUAUCAAAAUAUUACAUCUGCACAUUUGUUUGAAUCGUUGCACAAGGACGACCUGUUACUGUCAUCACGUGCGAGUAUGCUAACAUCGACACACGACUCGCUUUGUGGUCAAAUGAAUUCUAGCACGCUUAAAUCGGCGUCGCAGACUCCAAAACUGCCCACUGAAACAACAAUGUUUCACAAACAAUCAAGUGCGGUAGAUUUCGAACUGAAUAGAACAACUGAUCAGGACAUGAGGAUGAUGAUCAACACCAAGUCCGGGGGAGAGGACACGACCAUGAUCGGUUCAUACAAAGACGGCACCAAUAAUUCUUACAAUAUGGGUAUAUCGGGUCUGAUGCACCUUAGUGGGCUUUCAGGACCGUCGUCGUUGGCUCAAAUGCCCGGGCAGAGAUCGUGUUGCGUUUGUGGCACAACCGAGACACCGCAAUGGCGAAGAGAUGGGAACCAGCCUUUGUGCAACGCAUGUGGGCUCAAACAAGCUCAUUCAAAGAAUAGGCAGGCAAAAAAUGCAAAAAGGAGGGAACACUACAAACUCAAAAAGGCUGAAGCACUUCAUAAAGUCAUUGCUGAAAACUAG